AUCAUAAGAAGUAUGCCGAAGUGCGUACUGGUGUCUGAUGCCAUUGCACUAUGCUGUUUAACUUUCAAUCAUUAGCGAAGAAUAUCAUACUACGACACAGCGUUUUAAUUUGCCUCACAUAUCGGUGUCCGACCCAUUAGGAUGGACGUCUUCUCACUUCUCCUGUUGCUAGCAUCGACGCCACUGUUAUGUUAUAUCUUAGUUCAUUAUAUCUUGCCGCGACCCCAAGAUGGCGAGCCUCCCGUUGGCCUGUGGUUCCUCGUCAGAUACAUCUGGCUCCGGUGGGCCCUGUUUUGGUCCAGGCGCAAGUCCCUGCACCUGAACCAACGUGUAAUGAGCUACGACAGAAUGGUGGCCAAGGCGAGAGAGAUGAGCAGAUUGGAAUUCGGCACGGCUGGAACCCGCCAGACACAAGGUUACACAUCGUUGUACAUCAACGGUUCCGACACUACCGGCGAUCACCGCAUUGUGGUCCGUGUAGUCCUGCGGCCUGACGGCCGACGUGAAGCCUGCUUCUUGCUGCGCGUCCAUGGCGUUGGAGAUCUGGUCCUGCCCAAACACCCGGCCUGCUUAUUUGACCGCGUCCCAGCCGAAGGGUUCGUCGGGGAGGGGCUCAAGUGCUCCGUGCUAGAACCACUGAGGACGUGGCGGAUUAGUUACAACGGACUGUGCCGUGUUGGAAUUGCGAGAGUUGCGGGAGGACACGAUGACCGGCCACUGGUUCACGUGCGAUGCACGUUUCUGUGGAGUGCUUUCACCUCUUACUUCGACUUCUCUACCGAUGUCCACCCUCGAUUGGCCGCCGAGAAUCUGGCGAAAGUGCCAGAGAGCGGAAUGAUGGAGUCUAUGUAUAGGGAUAAUCAACACCAUUAUCAUAAUGAGCAAUUUGGUAUGAUCCAUGGCGUGAUCCAGGUCAGCGGUCAAGACGAGAAGACAGUAGUCAUGCGCGGUGUGAAAUCGCAUUCCUCCGGAACACAGCAGGAAAAGGCCGAGCGACACAUCGUCAACCACAUGGUACUUGAGGAUGGGACGUGUCUACAUGUCGGUGGAUAUUGUCAGGAGGACUCAAGUGUAUUCUCUGGUUACAUGACCAAGCCCAACGGGGCAAUAUUUCCAGCUGUGUCCGUGGAUCUCUCCGUUCGUAGACUGUUUGACAAGGCCAACAACCAGCUGCCCAAGACUUUCUCAUUUAGUGUGCGGUUCGAAAGUAGGCGUAUUAAAGCUUCUGGCUCAGUUUCCUUUUCCCAUCUCGUAAACGUGAACUUGAAGAGUUGUUUAUUCACUUUACGAAGAAAUGCACUGGGAACUUCGAUGCCCUUUGUGGGGAAAUGUAUCCUUAUCCAAAAGACGGUCGAACAAAUGAAAUCAAGUAGAAGGCAACAAUUAACCCGCUUGCUGAUGGACUUGGUAUACAUGGUGUCGAGUAUAGCACAUCGACACCAUGUGGUCAAGGGUUUCACCUUUACCCAAAUGAGCAGUAUGAGUAAAUUUAUUUACAAAUGAAUACGAAAAGUAUA